AUGAGCUUCAGCGAGUGGCUCACGACUGAAGCUGUCCGCGCCGCCACCACGAGCCUGGCGAUCUGGGCUGCGAAGCCCGAGUGCCCUCCGUGCACCUGCAAGCCCUCGCUGGUGUGCGGCAGCGGGCUGGAGCCUCAGAGACAGGACUGCCCACGCCAGGUGGGGACCUGGCCGCUGUCGGCCGUCGUGCUGGCUGCUGUGCUGGGCCUGGCCGCAGGCGCGCUGCUGGGCCGCUGGUCCACUCCUCCUGCUCCGGCGCGGGCUCUGGCGGCGAUCGACAAGUUCGAGGAGGAGGCCCGGGGAGACUUCAUCUUGAUCAGAUACCAGGUCGGGGGGGCGAGGAUCUGGCAUGAGCGCCUCAUCCUGUCCUUCCAGCCCGUCGCGCCGUUCGGAUGCGGGAUCCUGACCCCGGACGGCCACGGCUACGUCGAGAUCAUCGCGAAUGGAGGCGCGGACGUGGCCGAGUUCUGCAUCCCAGCUGGAGGCGCCGCUGGAGGCAACUCGGCGGCGACGGGCGGGGACCAGGUCUACCGCGCCGGCCCCUGGAGCAGCGGCGGGCGCGCUCGCGGCCUUGUGCCGGUGGCCGCCGCUCUCGCGGCUGGCGCUCCGUUGGCCGCUGGGCCCGUGGGCGUGCCCGCACCCGCGGCCGCCGCGCCCGCUGCCGCGGCCGUCGCGCCCGGAUGGGCCGACAUAGGGGCAGGCGCCCUGGCGAACGCUUUCGCCGCGGUGGCGGCGGCCCCUGGCGGCGACGCACGGAUGCAGGCCAUCGUCCUGGACUCCCAAGGGGUCCGCUACGCCGACUUCAGGUCGGCCGUGAUGAGGAUGCACGAGUUACCUUGGCAUGACUGGCCGCUCAAAGGCCCCAGAACGUUGUUGUGGGUGCUGAACUACAUCUGCCGCAACGGCGGCACACCCCUCGGUCGCCACACCAAGUGGAAGGCCGAGGCCUACCUGGACGACGAGGACCCAGGGGUGGACGUGCACUUGCUGUGCUGCAGGCUGUUGGAGUUCGGAGUCGUGUAUGAUCAGACUCAUGCGACCAAUCUAGCUUCUAUGGAGUUGGUCGGCCGCACGCUGCAGACCCAGGAGGAGCUGUACCGCGAUAGGUUCGCGCCCACGUCUGAGCACGGGAACGACGCUGCGCUGCUGUCCGGCGUCCAGGACGCUGGCAGCGGCAUCUGCAUGGCCCCGGCGCUGCGUGACUGGCUGGCCGCCGAGAAGUCGCGCGAGGCGGCGAUCGCCAAGGAGCGGCGCAAGGCCGUGGCCGCGGCGGCCGAGGCCGUGGGCGACGGGGCCGUGGGGGCGGCAAUACCCCAGGCCAUCAUGCAUAUCGACAGCUGCGUCAAGGAGCUGGGCGCGCCGCCGCCCGAGUUCAGUGACACGCGUGCUGGUCAAGACGGGGCCCUCCGGGAGCUCCUCUCCUGCGCCAACCUGUACGGUUCGGGCGCCGCCUCGUCGUCCCCCUACGUCCGCGACCGAGUCGCAUGGCCCGCUGAAGGUGCUGCGCCCGUCGAGCUCGUCGGGCUUGUGCAGCCCCAUGACAAGGCCUGGCUGGAGGGAUGGCAGAGCCAUAUGCUUCGAGAUCGGCAGUCCGCCGAGGCCUUGGCACAUUCGGCCUGCCCACGCGGGCCGUACUGCGACCCGAACCUGUUCCGGGACGCGACCGCCUACGGCCAGUUUUUGAUGGAGAUGCACCGGAGGCAGAUGGUCACCUUCGCGGGGGACCCUUACGAGGAGCUCAUGGGCCAGCACGGGGACCCCUACAAGGAGCACGUGGGCCUGCACGAGGACCCCUUCAUCUCCAAGGGCCAGCACGGGGACCCCCACGUGGAGCUCAUGGUAGGCAACAGCCUCACGCGUGCUGAUGCCUCCUACGUCGAGGGCGACUCUUGGGACAUGGAGGAGGUUCCUGGGCACCUUACCCGCAUGGAUGCCUGGAAGUCAGUCUCGGCGCAGUCGGUCUCCACGGGGCUGACGGCCUCAGUAGAGGCAAGCUCGGCUGGUUCACCGGCCAUCGACACCUUGGCCAUGCGAGGACCCGCCCUGGUCGUCGCGGCGCUCGGCCUUCUGUUCGGGCUCCUGGCGCGCGAGGCGCAGGCCAUGCCGAGGCAGAGGGCCCCUACGCCUUCAGCCCGGACUCGCCAGCGCGCCCAGCUGGCGGCGGCGGCGGCGCGCGGGAGGCCGCUGGUGGGCGCCCUGACGCUCUUGGAGCAGCUGGCCGUGAGGCCGAACACGGAGGCCAUGUACCGCCAGCUCCUGCAGACGUUCAUCACGUACUGCUGCGACCACCGCCGGGACUGGAGCAACCUGCGCGAGCUGGACCGCCUGCUCGCCGAGUACUUCACCUCUCGCUACAUCUCGGGGGCGGCGGCGAGCGUCGGAUCGCAGACGGUGGCGGCGCUGGCGCACUUCACGCCGGGUCUCCCCAGGCGGGUGGGCUCGCUCUUGCCCCGCGCCUCACGCGCGAUGCAGGCGUGGCGGAGGCGGGCCCCGACUCUCACGCGGCUGCCCAUCCCGAGGGCGGUCAUGUUCGCGCUGGCGGGCGUCCUGAUCGCCUGGCAGCAGGCGCCCAUGGCGGCGUGGCUGGCGAUUGCGUUCUCGGCAUACCUCAGGCCUGCCGAGGCUCAGCGGCUGACCACGGACAGCAUUGUGGAGCCCUCGGCGUGUGAGGCGGCGGCCUGCCAGCCGCAGCUGAGCGCUGCCGGCCCUGUCGGCGCCAGCGCUGCCGCCGGCUCGGAGCGUCUUCGGCCGCGGCCGGGCGGCUCCGAGUGCGCCGACCACCUGCGGCGCCGCUUCAAGGCUGCGGUCAGCCGCGGCUCGCUGUGCCGACGUCGGGUGGUGCUGGAGCUGUUCUGCGGCAGUGGCCACUUCUCCGCCGCCGCCCGCCGCCUGGGCCUGUCGGCGCUCGGCCUGGACCUUCGGCUGUCGCCGCUGGAGGACCACUGCCGCCGCGACUUCGAGCGGGUGGUGACCGGCUGGCUCCGCGGCCGCGCCGUGGCAGCCGUCUUCCUCGGUACGCCCUGUACGACGUGGUCUCGAGCGCUCCGGAAAGCUCUGAGGUCGCGCGCCCAUCCGAUGGGCAUCAGCGGCCUUUCGACAUCUGAGAUCGCCCGCCUGACUACGGGCAACGCCUCGUUUUACUUCACAUGCCGCAUCAUUCGCACCCAGUCGUCAAAGCCGAUGGGGAGCUUGUGGGUGUACGCGCCAGUGAACGACCUGCACACGUGGGCAAGGAAAGAACCUCUGAUCGACGGGCCGAGAAACGGGAAUGCCAAGAUCCUGCCUGGCCAUGUGUUCGAGGUCACGCAAGAGAAGGUGGGGGAGCGGGGCAUCCUGUACUUGUAUCUCGCGGACGGCCGAGGCUGGCUGUUCGACACCAAGCCGGGCGUUGGGCAGAUGUGCAGGCGGCACGACGGCGAGGUUCCCCCGCCCGCGGCGGCCGCGCAGUCCACUGGCGUGGACGCCGACGGCGCUGGCAGGGAGGGCGACAAGCCCAGGCGGAAGUCCAAGUGGGAUGUCGCAGACGCGGGCGACGCGCAGCCUGCAAGCGGGACGUCACAGGCCGAUAAUCCAGGAUGGCGGCCGCUAUACACCAACCCAGGUUCAGCAAGCCGGCCCGAUGCCAACGCUGGUGUACCCCAGCAGCCUGGCAUGCCGCCUCUGGGAUUGCAGCCAGGGGUGCAGCCCAUGCAGCCCCCUCCACCUGGCAUGCAGCCAGAACAGCCCCCUCCGCCAGGCAUGCAGCCUGGUCCCCCUCCCCCCCCCGGCAUGCAGCCUGUGGUGCCGCCUCCCCCCAGCAUGCAGCCUGGGGCGCCGCCCCCCCCAGGCAUGCAGCUUGGCCCCCCUCCUCCGUCAGGCAUGCAGCCUGGGGCGCCGCCACCCCUGGGCAUGCAGCCUGGGGCAACGCCUCCCCCCUGCACGCAGCCUGGAGCGCCGCCGCCCCCGGGCAUGCAGCCCGGAGCGCCGCCGCCCCCGGGCAUGCAGCCUGGAGCGCCGCCUCCGCCCCCGGUCAUGCAGCCUGGGGCGCCGCCGCCGCCCGGCAUGCAGCCGCCACCCAUGCAGCCCCCCGCACAAGCGAAGCUCCUGUUGCUUCCUCCGGGCAUGGCAGCACCCUCCAUGCAGCCCCCUCCUGCCUCCUCUGCCGUGCAGCCGGAUCCAGGCGUCCCAGCGCCCCCCCCCGCUGCCGCGCUGCCUGGCCAGCCCCCGCUGGCGCCGCCGCCGGGAGCGCCGCUGGGGCCGCCCGGACCACCGCCCCCGGCAAUGACUGGGCCGCCGCAGCCCGGGGCGAUGGCCCCGCCAGCCGGCGCUGUCGUGGCAGGCGCGCCGCCCUUCACCGCCACGGGCGGAAUGAGCAAGGCCAGCAGCUCCGUAUUCGACCCAGGCCUCGCCGCAGUGCCUGGGUUCGAAGGGGGCACGUCGAAGGCCGGACCCAGACAGGUUCCAGCGAAGUUCCCGCAGGUCACUUUUCAGGUCGCCCAAGCGGCGCCGCAGCCGGGGAUGGAGCGGCGGUGGGUCCUGGACAACAGGAACUUGCACCAGAAGGGCUCCGAUGGGCUGGGCUACCGGACGCAUAAGCACUGGGAGGCCAAGGCAGUACCCCCCAGACAGGAGAAGUGGGGAGCCAUGGUCAUCGGCUUGGACGAGGGCGACGGCUGGCUGAAGGUCGGAGAUCUGUACCUGCCGAUGACCGCCGGCAAUGUCCCGGUGAUCUUCCCUCUCGAGGACAAGGCUCCCCCUGUGCCUCCAGCGCCCUUCGCACCGCUGCCGCCGGUGGUCCAGGUGGGCCUGCCACCCUCGCAGAUCGUGACCGCGUCCUUUGGCCCGCAGGCCGAGAGGCUCGGCCUCGAGCUGUUCUGGGACGGCCCCAGGCCCACCGUCGGGCAGGUCCCCGCCGGCAGCGAGGCGCACGCGCAGGGCGUGCAGACUGGCGACGUGUUGCUGGCGGCCAACGGCACCGACACGCUCAACAGGAGAAGCGACGAUCUGAUGUGCUUGUUGAAGGCGAGGCCGCUCGAGCUGCAGUUCCAGCGGGGCUGA